AUGGCGUGUAAGAUAAUUGCUCUAGUCCUCUUCGUAGCUUGUGCUCAAGCUAUCCAUUACGACGGACACGCAGCCACCUCAUCCAUCGUAUUCAACGACAACCACAACACCGUCCACCACAUCCAAUCCGCCUAUGCAGCUCCCGCCCACGGAUACGCCGCACCCGCCGCCCACUACUCCCAUCACGCCGCCCCGGCCGUCCACUACGCGGCGCCCGCCGUCAAAGUCGCCGCUCCCGUGCUCCUGAAGAGCGCGGCUCCCGCCCAUGGACACGCCAGCUCCUACUCCAGCGUCAGCUUCGGCCACGACAACCACUACGCAGCUCCCUCUCACUACGCCGCCCCCUCUCACUACGCCGCUCCCGCGGUCGCCAAAUUCGUCGCCCCGGUAGCUAAGGUCGCCGUAGCCGCUCCCCAUUACCACGACAACUCCUACUCGACCUACGCCGCUCCCGCUGUUGCUAAAUUCGUUGCCCCGGUAGCCAAAGUCAUCGCUGGACCUUCCUACCACCACCACGAAGAACAAUACGCUCCAGCUAAAUACGACUUCGCCUACGGUGUAGAAGACCACCACACCGGCGACAUCCACUCCCACAAGGAAUCCCGGGAGGGCGAUGUUACCCACGGCGAGUACUCCCUUCACGAGGCUGACGGUACCAUCAGGACUGUGAAAUACAGCGUUGACAAGCACAGCGGAUUCAACGCAGUCGUCGAAAGGUCCGGACACGCCGCUCAUGCUCAACCAGCCAAAGCCAUCAUCGCUGCUCCGGUGAUCAAGACCAUCGCUGCUCCGGCUCCUUACUACCAUCAUUAG